AUGGCGGGAGCUUCGGCUUGCCACUCCCCGGAUCCGUGCACAGACGACGGCGAGCAUGCCGUUCCCGACGCUGGCACCACCGGUAUCCCCGUCGUCGACUUAGAUGCCCUUGUCAACGGCGCGGCCGAGCAACGGGCGCAGGCGGUCCGGGACGUCGGCCGGGCGUGCCAGGACUGGGGCUUCUUCAUGCACGACAUGGAAGGUGGUCAACCACGGGGUGCCGGAGGAUCUCAAAGAAGCGUUUAUGGAGGCGUGCGAGGAGCUGUUCAGCUCACCGGAGGAGGAGAAGGCGGAGUACCUGGAGGCCGGGCCGAUGGCGCCCGUGCGCGUCGGCUCAGGCUUCUACGCGGCCGUCGACGGCGCCCGGUACUGGCGGGACUACUUCAAGAUGUUCGCGCAAUCGCGCACCCGGAGCUCCACUGCCCCGCGACGCCAGCGAAGCUAAGGGAGGUCGCGACGGAGUACGCGGCGACGACGCGACGCCUGCUGCUGUCGCUGUCCACGGCCGUCUCCGAGGCCAUGCGCCUCGAGUCCUGCUUCCAGAUCCUCGUCGCCAACCGCUACCCGCCCUACACCGCCGGUCCGGGGCUGGGGCUGCCCGAGCACUCCGACCACGGCUUCCUCACCCUGCUCUUCCAGAACGGCGUCGACGGGCUCCAGGUCCACCACGGCGGGCGGUGGCUCCUCGCCACGCCCCUCCCCGGCGCGUUCUUCGUCAUCGCCGGCGACCAGCUGGAGAUCGUGAGCAACGGGAGGUACAAGGGCGUUCUCCACCGCGCGGUGGUCGGCGGCGAGCGCGCGAGGAUGUCGAUGGUGAGCAUGAUCUCGCCGUGCCUGGACACCGUCGUCAAGCCGGUCCCGGAGCUGGCGGCGGACGGGUAG